AUUUUUCUUCAUUGCAGAACCUCUUCAUAGUCAUUGCAGUUGCAGUAGGUGGAGGGAGUGCUUUGAACAUUUUUUUUCAAGCAGCAAAAUGAGUCAUGCACAUUCUCACAUGGGCUCUGGUAGUAGAACUGCUCGAAGAACUUUUGAGUUUGGGAAGACACAUGUAGUGAGGCCCAAGGGAAAACACCAAGCCACUAUAGUUUGGCUGCAUGGUCUUGGUGAUAAUGGUUUGAGUUCAUCUCAGCUCCUGGAAUCCCUUCCGCUUCCAAAUAUAAAAUGGAUUUGCCCAACUGCUCCUACCCGUCCAGUGGCUAUACUUGGUGGUUUUCCCUGCACUGCUUGGUUUGAUGUGGGAGAACUUUCAGAAGAUGGUCCAGAUGAUUGGGAGGGUUUAGAUGCCUCAGCAGCACACAUUGCUAACUUCUUGUCAACAGAGCCAGCUGAUGUGAAAGUUGGCAUUGGAGGCUUCAGCAUGGGUGCAGCAAUAGCCCUGUACUCCGCAACUUGUUUUGCCAUGGGAAGGUAUGGAAAUGGCAUCCCAUACCCUGUCAACUUAAGAGCAGUCGUUGGACUAAGUGGUUGGCUUCCAGGAUCAAGGAGCUUAAGGAACAAGAUAGAAGUGUCACAUGAAGCAAGAAGGCGAGCUGCUUCAUUACCUAUUUUGCUGUGCCAUGGAAUCAGUGAUGAUGUAGUCCUCUGCAAAUAUGGAGAGAAAUCUGCUCAAUCUUUAAGUUCAGCAGGGUUUCGAUAUGUUGCAUUCAAAUCCUAUGAGGGGAUUGGUCAUUACACAGUUCCUAGAGAGAUGUAUGAGGUUUGCACCUGGCUUAGUUCAAGGCUGGGGCUAGAGGGAUCCUCAUAAAUGUCAUGACUAUUAUCAAUCAGGCAAUGCCUAUAGAAGGUAUGUGGAACAAUAACAGCGAAGGAGAGGAUGCACACGCACAAGUAGGUAGAUCAUGGAACAACGGUUCGUGGGGUAUAUAUACAUAAAUAGGAAAAUUAAUUUUCUAGCUCCUUUUUGUCAUGUUCCUGAGCAAUAAAGAUCUGGAUGUGUUUUCUAAGUAUUUCUCUCAUUAUAUUAUUGUAGAACCUAGUGACUGGGUCAGUUGUCCUAUUGGAGAGAUUUUUAGUUUUAAAUAUUGUAACAAAGCAGGGAACUUGACCUUGUUAUUUAUUUCUCAAUUUCAAUUUAAAAAUU